AUGGGAACCAAUACAAGCUCGCUAAGACCUGAAGAAGUCGAGGAGAUGCAAAAGGGUACCAACUUUACCCAAAAGGAAAUCAAAAAGUUGUACAAGAGAUUCAAGAAGCUCGACAAAGACGGCAACGGAACUAUUUCAAAGGAUGAAUUUUUAAUGAUACCAGAGCUGGCAGUAAAUCCUCUUGUGAAGAGAGUAAUAUCAAUAUUCGAUGAGAACGGAGAUGGCUCGGUUAACUUUAAAGAGUUUAUUUCCGCCCUCUCUGUUUUCAACGCUCAGGGCGAUAAACAAAGGAAACUUGAAUUUGCUUUCAAGGUCUAUGAUAUUGACGGAGAUGGUUUUAUAAGUAACGGAGAGCUGUUCACAGUUUUGAAAAUGAUGGUCGGAAAUAACCUUAGCGAUGUACAAUUGCAACAAAUUGUCGAUAAGACGAUUUUGGAGGCAGAUGACGACGGUGAUGGCAAGAUCAGUUUUGAGGAAUUUGCUAAAACUCUGUCCCACCAAGAUUUAGAAAACAAGAUGACCAUUCGUUUGUAG